AUGAAUGACCACGGCUCAACAAUAGUGGUCUCGAACACAACAGACCUGUUGUCUAGCAAGAAGAGCAACGAUGUCUACAUACCGCCAACAACGACGAGGUGUUUACCUGGCAAAGCCUCACAGCAGCCCGCACAACAUAACUCUUCUUACAACUGGCGGAUAUGGCGGCACGCGAAGACUCGCCUGGGUUGUGUUGUUGCCAUGCUUUUUAGUGGCGAGGCCUUCGUCGGCCUUGUGGCCGGCAGUCUUCUGACGACGCUGCUGGACGAAAGCUUCCGCAGGAAUGGUCCUGUCGGACCUGCCGAGGUUUUUGUCGUCAAUAGAGACGGGAUUUUUCACAGUAUCGAGGACGGCGGGCAAAUGCCAGGGCUCGACCUGGACACCACCAGGAUCGUGCCCCGGCCGUACUCGCACGCGCCCUUUCUGUACACGAUACUGCUGCAGUGCCUCAUCGUCGCCGCCGUGAGCAGCGUCUGGGCGCUGCCGCGGGACAAAUACGGACACCUCCCGCCCGUGGUCUACGGCUCGAUGCUGCUGCACCGGGAGCAGGUCCGCGCCGGGCCGACGCACCGGAAGUGCAUUCUCGCGGCUAAGAUUGUGUUGUUGGUGCUCUCGGUCGCUGUGCUUUGGAUCUGGGCUGGGAUGCCGGCUGUGCACCGCGCGAACCUGGGCGCGGAUUUGCGGUAUAUCUCUUCUGUUGGCAGCAGCACCGAGCAGACCAGCACGUUUUUGUUUUCGAUCCGGACGCUGGUUUUCGGCUACGCCCUCUUAGUUUUCGACGCCCUGGCCGCGGCAUGGGCAUACGCGGCGUGCGCCGUCAUGGCGGCCGUGGUGGCCAUGAACCUCCUGGUCUGUUUUGCUUGGAGCCCGACACCCGACAUGUUCACGGUCGCGGAGCUGCGCGCGCUGGCGCGGGCGGAGGAGGCCCGGCGGCAGAAGAUCGACGGUGGUGGUGCUGGUUACUGGGCGGAUGAGGAGGCGGUUGAUCUGGCGCCGCUGGGGGUGGUUUGGAGGGUGCAGGAGGCGCUGGCGGGGUUGGGGGAGCGGAUGGUGGUGUUUGCUGGGCGGACGUGUUGA